AUGGCCUCCGUCACUGAUGCUCCUGCAACCACCACUGGCAGCAAAUGCAAGAUGAGGCAUCUGUCGCCGUCCACACCAGUGCCUUCACCCGCAAAAAGGCAGAAGCCCAAAGACAGCGACGACAUAUUCUUGCCGACAGCACACACCGACUCCACUGCAUCCGAUACUCCCGCAGACGAUGCUCACGCCAGUCACCGACCCGACGAGACUCCCGGUAAGCCUUACCGCAACAAAGGAAAGUGCAUCGAGAAAACCAGGACACCAACCGAAGUGCUCCAGUCGCUGUUGAAACUCAGAGAAACACUCGCCGUGACAUGUGCCAUAAACAACGUGUUUGUCCUUGUGCAACCCAUGUAUCUCAAGAGGGCAUUCCCUUCAAACAUCGCCGAACGUCUGGACCACGUCUCGAUCACCACCGCACACGACAUCAUCAAUCUCACGACUGCAGACCCCACAGCACUCCACUUUGUCACCAUCGGAGCCUCCGACUACCUUCAGCUCAAGACGAGCACCCAUCUCACGCUCUUCUCUGUCGUCGGCUCCAUUACCCACAGCGACCUGAUCAGUCCGAGCGGUCGCAGCCGUCAACUCUGCGUUGCACCAUCAGCACUCACCUGGCCACGUGCGGCUGCCGUCCUGGGUGCCAUUCUCAACAGACGAACACUCAUCUUCCCGUCGUUCCAUGCUGGCCUCUCCUUCUCAACAAGGUUGACCACUAGCACCUCAAACACUCCAGCCAAGAUCUGCGGCAUGGCUCCCGCCACUCCGGUGAAUGCACAACGCGGUCCACCCCCCGUGCUGCCGGCCGAUCGAGAUGUGCCGACUUUCGACGGGUGUAAGCCCUUCAAGUUCUCCAUGCGCUCCAUAUCGAUGCUUCCCAAAAUCCACGACGAUCUCUCCACAGAGUCUGCUGUCCUCCUGCUCUUCACUCUUGGGAAGGACAUCAAGAGCCACCCUGAACUCGAUGAUGAAAAUGCCGACACCACUAUCUCCCUCAACAUCCAAUCCAUCGUCCUUCUCGCCAAUCCGGGAUUGAUGCCCCACGGCUUCCUCGAGGACGAGCCUAUGCCCCUCCUUAGAGUCUUCCAACUGAAUUUCGAGCCUGACCAACACCUGUUCAUCGAUUGCGACAUGUUCAUGUGCUAUCUAGGCGGUGCAGUUGGACACAAGGGAAUUGGUGUUCCCAUCCAGGGGAAUGAUGAUGCAGACAUUGAGGAUGUGGCUGAUGACGCAAAAAUUGCAGAUGAGGAAGAUAAUCUCACAGUCGGGGUUCAAGAUGAAGAUGAAGAUGUUGUACAAGAAGAAGAAGAUUAUGGCUACUGGGAUGAAGAUGAGAAGGUCACUGGAGAUGAAGAGAGUGAUUGUGAUGAAGAAGAUCUUGGCCCGGAGGAUGGUGAGGACAAGGAGGAUGAGUACAGUGACAAAGGCUAUGCACCACUGCAGCACGCAAGUACUCCUGGGACUUGUAAUGUUAUGGUCAUGUAUUAUAAUAUGCACCUAUAUACAAAGUGA